GUCCGUGAAUAAUUUUGUUGUAGCUCUACACACGUAUCUGACUCACCUGCCAUGUCACCAUCGUCCUCAUAGACCAUCGCCAUCUCGAGUCAUCACCCUUUGUUUCCUUUUUAGCAUCUCUUAUUAUUUAUGCUCGUCCGGUAUCUUUCCCCGAGGCUUGUGCGCUUCCCCAAGAUCCGCCUCAUGUCGACGCCAGCACUCCCCCCUUCCACAAUCCCUAUUUUCACCACCGUCGCCUCUUACAGAGAAUGGCGCCAGAAGGCGUUCGAUGAAAAGAAGUCUGUCGGAUUUGUGGCCACGAUGGGAGCGUUGCACGAAGGACAUCUCUCUUUGGUCAAACGAUCUCUGCUCGAGAAUGACUUGACUGUCCUCUCCAUCUUCGUGAACCCCGCUCAGUUUGCUCCCCACGAAGAUCUGAGCUCCUACCCGCGUACACUCCCUCGAGAUCUCGAACUCUUGACAGCCCUGCAAAUACCUGCCACGGAUGCCGUCGAUAUUAUCAAGACGCCAUCGGCUGUGUUUCUGCCAUCUGUCCGCGAUAUGUACCCUUCUGGUAUCAGUCAAGACGUAGCAAAUCAGAAAGGCACUUUUAUAGAAGUGAAGGGCUACGGAGAUCAAAUGGAGGGCAAAAGUAGACCUACGUUCUUUAGAGGGGUGGCAACUGUAGUGACUAAACUAUUCAACGCCAUUCAGCCAACCAACACGUACUUUGGUCAGAAAGACAUCCAGCAAGCGCUACUGUUGCGUCGAAUGGUGAAAGACCAACUAAUGGCUUACCCCGAUCCGGACCACCUUCACAUCGUCCCGACCGAACGUGAUCCUGUGGACAGGCUCGCUUUAUCUUCUCGGAACGCAUAUCUCACACCGGAAGAACGGAAGAUAGCUGCUACGCUAGUAAAAGCCCUCGAGGAAGUCAAGUCAGCUUGGAAGAGCGGAAGCACGAAAGAGGAGUCCACGACAAAAGCACGGUCUUUCGUCGAAGGCGCUGCCGCCCUUGCAGCCGGUGAGGGUGUCGAAAUGAAGCUGGACUACAUCGAAAUGAAUGACUCGGAGACUUUCGAAGUGUUGGAAGGCAACGCUGUCAAAGAAACAGUGGGAAACACUCCUGUGAUUUUAAGUGGGGCACUGUGGUUGGGUAGAACGAGAUUGAUAGAUAAUUUCGUGCUAGGUGAUGUGAAUAGUGUUGUGCAUUGAUUUAAAUAAUAGGACAUAUAAACAUUAACCCUUGGGGCGUCCUGUCUUCCCAGCCAGUCUGCUGUGCGCAUAAUCAAGGGCUGUAAAUGAUAUCGGCGAACAAAUGAUACACCUGCGAAUUGAUAUGUUGCUUGUGUGUGCUUGACUCCAUCUGAUCGCUAUCAAGCGCUUCGUGCGGUCCAAGAAACACACGGCAAAAACUUUGAACCUCCAUGUCUGCAUAAAAAGGCGCUGCAUUCUUGCCUUGCUGUCAACAGCCGAUGUAUUCGGAAUGCACAACCUUGUAAAUCUCAUGCACUCUAACUCAUCCUGGGAACCGCUACAUCCCAAGGACCCCUAAUCUCGUUUUUAUAUUUUUGAGCCCAAACGAGAGGAAAGUGACGAUGAUGAGAGCAGCGGUGUAUAUCCAAGUGGCCGUUGUUGAUAACGGCGCAGUCAAGAUGAUGCAUGAUGCAGAU